AGCAGAGCCAUGGGGACUGUUGAGGAAACCUUGAAGUGUCCCGUCUGCCAGGAUGUCUUCACAGAUCCAGUGACACUCCCAUGUGGACACGACUUCUGUCUCACCUGUAUCCAGACUGUCUGGGAAACAGAUGGGCGUGAUGAAGGCCCUCACUUCUGUCCAGAGUGUCAGAUAUUCCUCCCCUCUGAGGCGACUCUGGAGAUAAACACCACCCUUCAGACAAAAGUGAAGGACUUCGCCACUGACAGGCCAUCGACAGCACAGCUACAGGCAGCAGCUCUGAGCAGGGCACCCAAAUCACCUUCAACCGUCCGCUGUGACCACUGUAUAGAGACGCCAUCGGUGGCCGUGAGGACAUGUCUCACUUGUGACGCCUCACUGUGCCAGGCUCACACCCUGCUGCACGAGCAGAGGUCAGCUCUGAGGGAGCACACGGUUGUGGAGGUGACGGGAGACCCGCUGUCUCUGAAGUGCAGGGAGCACCGUGACGAGCUCAAGCUCUUCUGUAUGGAGGAGAAGGUCCCUGUGUGCUGUUUGUGUGUCCUGGUUGGGGUGCACAAGAACCACAAGGCUUCUCAACUCCAUGAGGCCUGUGCACAUUUCAAGGGCAUGUUAGAGACCUCUAUGAACCAACUGCUGAAGAGGAGAAGUGAAGCAGAGUUUGCCAUCAAGGACUUGGAGUCACUGUACACACAAACAGUGAGGUUUGCUGCAGAUUUCCGAGAGAGAAUCUCAGACAAGUACAACAGGAUCCGUGUCGUGCUGGAUGGCGAUGAGCGUCUGAUGAUGCAGAUUAUAGAUGCAGAGGAGACACAUAUGACAGAGUGGCUGGAGACCCAGAGGAGCAUGAUGGAGGCCCAGAUUACAGAGAUAGAUAGUCUCAGAGCCUCCAGCAAGUUACUCCUUCGGGACACAAAUGAUCUGCGAUUCCUGCAGCAAAUCACAGCACAGAAUCUUUGUGAACCUCUGGAUUUAGCACCAAUCCAGGAAGUAGACAAGGACCUUUGUGACCCAGAGAAACUGAGAACAGUAGAGAGGCUGGUGGACGACCUUUCAGUGGCUCUGUCCCAACACUUUCCACGAAUGUGGUCAUAUCAAAGUUCUCCUGCUCUGGACUCAACGACAGCUCACCCAAAACUGGAAAUAACCCAGGAUGAGAAACAAGUGUACUGGAGGAGAGAGCCUGUCAGUGAGGCUCUGAGCCCUCAACCCUAUGACUCCCAGUACAGUGUCCUGGCUCGCGAGAGCUUCGCUUCAGGCCAGCACUAUUGGGAGAUCAUUGUCCAGGAGAAACCUUACUGGCUGAUAGGUAUGACUACUGGGUCGGUUGAUAAAAAAGAUGUAAUAAGUCAGACUUCCUCCAGCCUGUGUGUAAACAACACAUCCUGGUGCAUCUACCAUGGAGAUGGGCGGUACCUGGCAUUGCACGAUAACCAGGAGAAGCAGCUGUCAGUGGGAAAGAGAGUCAGGAAGCUGGGAAUACUGACCAAUCUCCAGAAGGGGGAGCUGUCAUUCUACAAUGCUGAUGCAAUGACACUUCUUCACUCUUUCUGUGUGCAGUGCACAGAGCCUCUCUACCCCAUGUUAAACCCAUGCAUUGAUGUGAAUGGGCUGAACAAGCAGCCUCUUACACUGUUGUGGAUCAAGGACCCCUUGGAGUGGCAUGUAAACACUGAUGGAGGUAAUGAGUGAACUUGGGGACAACAAUAAACCCAGCAAGCUCUUUUUUGUCUGCACAAAUAUUUUGGCACAUAAAUGUUUUGUUUAUAUCACAUUACACAGUGGACACAUCAAAGAUGUUAUAAGAAUGUUUUCCUGUUCAAAUAAGCUAUUAAAGGUCCAGCAUGUAAGAUUUAGGUGAAAGGGAUCUAUUGGCAGAAAUUUAAUGUAGAAUAAUCCUCAUGAUGUUUUCACUGAUUCGUUUCAUCUAAAUUGUAUGAAUUGUAGUUUUUUUUUUACCCCAGAUAAAGCCCUUUAUAUUUAAAUACUUUAUAUUUACAUCGAGGCGACCCUCUCUAUGGAGGCCGCCAUGUUUUUUGCAUUAGUCCAGACUGGACAAACUAAACACCUCUUUAGAUUUUAUGACAAUUAAAGACUACCACAGUUUCUUUUUCAUGUUUGGAAGGGGAGGGUGAGAUGAGGGGUAUUCAGCUGCAACAUGCAAUUUCAAGAUUAGACAUCACAAAAUUCUACACACUGUACCUUUAAGUAAAUGUUUGUGUUUGAGGCUUGUCUAUAGUCAUAUAUCGUUAACCUUACAUUAACUUUUCUGUCUCUGCAGUUGUCCUGUAACUGUAAAUAUUUCAUCAAGUGCUAUCAUUUGCAUCGUCAAACAGCAAUUUUGCUCUGUGUUAAAGUCUCUCUCCUCAUUCAGCAGCUCUCAUGUUCAACCUCAUGCACUUCAGGAUGUAAAUGACCCGUGUGUAAACCACUGGCUUUUUUCUGGCUGUAUAAUUGCACCCUCAGCUUACUUGACCAUGAAGGACGUGCAUUCCUUCAUUCCUUCAUGUCAGGGGCCCUGCAGAAGUGCUGGCUUGCAGAAAACAAAAUGUCUUGGGAGGUCAAAUAACACUGUUUACACACAACAUAUCUGUUUUCUUCGACCCACGGUUCAUUUUGUGGUUCAUCAACAGAACAUUGCAUGACACAAUGAGCUGUUAAACGGUGGUUAGAAAAGACUAAUUCAUAAGAAUAAAGUGUAACGUUUAUGCCAAUCUGUGGUUUUAAAGGGUAUAACUCUUGUGUAAUUUCUGCCACCCAGGGGUCAGUUGAGGACAUACAGUAAAGAUAUGAGGGCACAGAUCAGAAUAAAUAG